AUGCUGAGGUUUUCGAAGUUUUGUAGCGUGCUAGGGAAUUUGGUAAGUUGGCUUGUUUCGAUAGGGUCUACAGGCAUGUUUUAUGGUCCGGUGGCAUGGGAUCCAUGGCUCAUUCUUGCCCAAAUUGUUUGUCUUCAAUGCCUGUACUACUUAACCCUCGGAGUUUUCAUGACACUUUUGGUCGGGACUCGUGUGUCUCGAUUGAGCCUCGUAUAUUUCUUUGAUUACGCGACUGUUGCUGCUUCCAUAGUCACUGGUUGGUGUGUGAUUGCUGCUUUUCUACUCAGCUCGCUUGCAGAAUACACAUUUGCAUACCUGUUGAUUUUCACAUUUUUCUUUUUCUCAACCAGAGCUGUUUAUUUGCUUUAUUUGAUUGAGAGGGCAAAGAAGUGCUUAGAUUUUGCAGCCACCGUCUAUAUCAUCCACCUCUUUAUAUGCAUUGCUUAUGGAGGAUGGCCUUCAUCGAUGACAUGGUGGGUUGUGAAUGGUAUUGGACUUGCAAUAAUGUCAUUGCUUGGUGAAUACUUGUGUGUAAAACGUGAGCUGCGGGAAAUACCCAUAUCAAGAUACCGUCCAAGUAAGCCAAUUCACUUGCUUCAUUUCAUCAUCUUCAUUAUUUUGAGUUAUUUUUUCAGUAUGUGGCUACCAAUGAAGAGAACUCUUCUCCUCUUCACUUGUAUGCUUCUGUUCUGCCACCUUUAUGGUAUUGCAUUUAACAUUGAGAACUGGGUUUGGAACUGUGAAGGACUAGAAGAGUAG